AUGGCCUACAAGGCGGAGACGAAGACCACUUUCGAUGUGACCAGAGUCAUACAGCCCAUAUAUACUGGUGGUGCGGUCUCACUCAGCCAAAAUGGCCGCAUACUCGCAUCAACAUUAGGCGAGGAAGCACUCCUCACAGACCUCAACACUGGAGCACAUUUGGCGAGAAUAGAGGGCGUGAGCUUGCGACUGACUGUUGACACAAGUGAUCAGGACGGCGACGCCCUCACCACUCUGAUCCUCACGCCCGACGCAUCGCACCUUGUACUAUGCUCGCGAUCGCUUUCCAUGCGAAUAUAUGCCUUACAGCAUUCUGCGCUGCACCACGAGAUCGAUGCUAAGCUAGUGCGGACCGUCAAGCCGCACACCACACCUGUAGUCACGCUCGCUGUACAUUCAACCAGCUCUUUGCUCGCGACCGGAGGUGCAGAUGGCGUGGUGAAAGUCUGGGACAUUCGCGCAGGCUUCGUGACCCACACAUUCCGCGGUCAUAGUGGUGUUGUCUCGGCACUUUGUUUCUUUCACUCCGACUCGGAAGAGGAGACAAAGUCUGUGAAGAGCAAGAAGCGAAAGAGCAGACAGCGGGAUGAUGAACCACAAGAGAUGCAGAAUGAGGAGACUUCGGGAUUCAGACUUGCUUCAGGCGGAGAAGACGGACGUGUGAGGAUAUGGAAUCUCCAUACAGGGAGAGGCGUGGCAAUGCUGGAGUCGCACGCGAGUGUGGUGCGCUCGUUGCAUUACUCCCCCGAGCAGAAGUUGCUGCUAUCUGCAAGCAGAGACAAGACUGUGAUUUUGUGGGAUUCGAAAACUUGGCAGCAAGCAGCAACGAUUCCCGUGCUUGAGAUUGUCGAGAGCUCCGGCUUUGUUCACGGGGGACGCUUCAUCUAUACCGGUGGCGAGCGUGCGAGAUUGCGCAUUUGGAACGUGCAGACAGGAGCCGAGUUGUCAGAGGAUCAGGAAGAGGGCGCUGAGAUCGAGGGCAUCGUUGAUGUCCAGCAUCAUUCGCAGCUUUCUUUUCUGCUCACUGUGCACGCGGAUCAAACUUUAGUGCUCAGAUCACUGGAAACGCUAGUACAUGCAUCAGCUUCACAGCGAAUACCUCCUUUACCGAUACUGCGACGGAUUAGUGGGACUCACGACGAGGUCAUCGAUUUGGCAUACAUCGGUCGCAGCCGCAAUCACCUUGCGCUAGCCACCAAUCUCGAAGACAUACGAAUCAUCUCUGUGGACACGAAAUUGUCUCCGAGUGCAGACUCUCCGUAUUUUGGCGGAGACGUCGCUCUCCUGAAAGGACAUUCGGAUAUCAUCAUCACCAUUGACACCGACUGGUCAGGCUGCUGGCUUGCUACUGGUGCCAAGGAUAACACCGCGAAGCUUUGGCGACUUGAUGUUGAGAACGGCUCAUACACUUGCCAUGCGACCUUUACUGGACACGCUGAGAGCAUCGGAGCGGUAGCAUUACCCAAUGCCUCUCCUGCAGUAGGGUCAAAGGAAUACGACCAUCCUCUCGAACACCCGCCGAAAUACCUCGUCACCGGCAGCCAAGACAAGACUAUCAAGAAAUGGAAUGUGAGCACUUCACGAGCGGCUUACACUCACAAAGCGCAUGACAAGGACAUCAACGCAAUCGAGACCUCGUAUUCGACGUCGCAUCCGCUCUUCGCUUCUGCUUCACAAGAUCGAACAGUAAAGAUAUGGGAUGUUGACACAGGUGAGGCCAUUGGUGUCUUGAGAGGCCACAAGCGCGGGGUCUGGACCGUUGCGUUCUCGCCUCCUGGCAUGCCGUCAUUGACGACUGGCGACAGCGGCAAUGCUAGCAGUGCCAAAGGCAUGGUCCUGACUGGAAGCGGAGACAAGACAGUCAAGAUUUGGAGCUUGGCUGAUUACAGCUGCUUACGAACAUUUGAGGGUCACAUCAAUAGUAUCCUGAAGGUCGUUUGGCUCCCUCCACCCAAGAAGGGCGGUAGCAUUGGUUGUGGAGUUCAAGUGGUAAGUGCGGCAGGUGAUGGGUUGGUGAAGGUGUGGGAUGCGCAGACCUCGGAAUGUGCUGCGACUCUCGACAACCACAUUGAUCGUGUAUGGGCUUUGGCAGUCAAGCCAGCGUCAAUACUGAACGCAAAUCAGGACAAGACUCUUGUGCUGAAGGCAGACAAAGAAGAGGCCGAUGAUCCUACCAACACCUUGCAGCUUGAGCUUGUCUCUGGGUCUGCAGACAGCACGCUUACAUUUUGGACCGAUACAACGACCGCCACCGCCCUCGCCGCCACCACGGUUGCGACACAGCGUAUUAAGCAAGAUCAAGAGCUUCAGAAUGCGAUCCGAGCAAGCAACUAUCGCGAAGCGAUCGUUCUUGCGCUACAGCUCAACCAUCCGAAACGGCUACUCGAUCUAUUCAGCUCUGUGGUCGAUACUGCCACACCAGACUCGGGAAGUUUCACCGGUCGCAAUGAGGUGGACGAGGUCCUUGCCUCUUUGAGCGACACUCAAUUGUGGAAUCUUUACCGCCGCACCAGAGACUGGAAUUCCAACGGCCGCACUGCACAUGUCGCUCAACGUGUCCUCGCCGCGAUGUACCACAUCUUCCCAAAAGAGAAGCUGCUUCAUCUCAACCGACGACGAAAGGCUGCCGUGCCGCAAGAGGAGGAAGACGAGUUGAGUGCCGCCAUGGCGCAGCUUACUGCCCAGGACAAGAUGAAGAGCAAGGAGAGUGUGAAAGACGUCAAUGACGCGCUGAAAGCAUACACCGAACGACAUUAUCAGCGACUAGAAAAGACAAGCGAAGAGAGAUACGUUCUGCUUUGGGCGGUUCGGCAAAUGGAUGAUGUUAGCGCAGCUGGUGGUAAUGCUUUCCUCAGCAACGGCCGCGUAGACCGGCUUUAA